AUGGCUCCUCACUCAAACUCUUCUCUUCAGGCUAGAUUAACGAAACCAAAAGGUAGCCUUAGUACCUUCCAUGGUCCUCCUCCUCAUUCUGCUUCUACCAGUUCAACUUCAUUCAGAAGACCAGCAAAAGCCAAGUUCCACGGACAACGCUUGGAUGACUUACGAAUCCGUGGAUCUUCAUCUCAUCAAAAACCUCUUUUUGGCCCCGGUAGCAAGAAAUCUAACAUAACCGAUCCAAGCAUAGUUGCUGAAACGACCGCCGAAAUGGGCUUUAAACCCUCACCUCAACCACUUCCACUUCAAUCUGACUCUCCACCACAACCAUCAAGACAGAUUCCGAACGGUAUCAGCAUCGAAACAGCUCAUGUUGAUGAGAGCAGUGAUGAUGAUGAUGAUGACGAGGCAAUUGCCGAUGCUCUGCUUGGUCGUGCAUCUAACCCUCGAAUCUUGCUUGGGCGUCUUCACUCACUACAUCCACCAGUUUUAGGUCAUAAGGAAGACGGCGAAGUCUCGGAUGAAGAUCCGACACGGAUUCUCAAAGUCGAAGGCUCAGAUGUCCUAUCUCGAAGAACAUCACUUUUGGCCAGAAUGGGGGCUGAUCAACCAUCUCACAUCUCAGGCGGAGCUCAGAAUCAGGCUGAUCCCACGAGUAACUCACCAGGUCGUUUGAUUCAACUAUUCAAAAAGAAACCCGAUCGCCAAUCCAUUCAGCAACCGUCCUUGCUUGAUCGUAUCCCACUUCCCACAGCACCCCGUGCUCAUCUUCACUCUAAUGCUGACCGUCGAGUACUUGCCGAACGCAACGCUCGAGCUCCUAAUUCCCAUGUUGACCAUCAUGAUCGUUAUCACGAACUUGAUACCUCACUCGAGGAUCAAUCCUCCAUCUCUCGUAGAGUCUCAUCGCAAGGCUGCGAAGGUCCUCGUCGUAGCUCUGUCUCUUCUCUCAAACGACAUUCACUCUACACGGUUGAUGAAUCCAAAGACCAUCGGGAGACAGGUUCUCCCCAUGGUUACAUCAGUCCCACCAUGAACAAAGGCGACGGUGAUGCAGAUGAACGAGGCUCGAAUGCAAGUUUUCAUUCACAUACUCGCAAGACCAAGGAAAACACUAGCUUUGGGAGCUCUGCUCAUCACAGACCAUCUGUGUCUGCCGUCCCGAAUCAGACACUUCCCACCGCCCCAUCAUCGUCAUUAACUCAUCGAAUCGAUACGAAGAGUGAUAACAGGGAUGGUCGCUCCAUCAAUGAUCAACACGGUGCGCAGAGCGCGCUACUGGCUCGAAUCGGUGAUCAAUCCAUUGCAUCAAGUGGAGCAUCUCAUCAAUCAUCCAUUCUUGCCCCUGUGGGCUUACGUGAUCGCCUCGGCCUGGCAAACACCUCCGCCUCUACCGUAGCGACGACCUCGAAGAGUUUACUUGAACGUACGAUACCUAAAAUGCAGCAUCCUCCUCCGCUUCAGCUUGCACGGCGUUCUCCUGAAACCACCUCAUCAUCUGAGCUUUAUCGUUCGUCUCGCUAUGGUGAUCAGAAACCUGCAGCUGACCGAGUCUUGUCCCCAAGAACCGCAUCAUCAGCAGAUUGGAGACAUGCAAGUUACUCGAGCCAUCCUAAAAGAAGGCAUUACUCCCGAUCAAGAUCGCCUGUCGGCAGACGUAGUCGAUAUUCACCCAUCCCUUUGAGUGCUCACAGUCGUGGUCGUUCUCCUCCUAGCCCCCGGCACAGGCAUUCCCGUAGUAUGAGGUAUUCUCGAUCGCCUCCAGGCUUCGAUCGCCGUCGAUCACCGCCUAGAGGACCAAGAGGCUACCGCCGACCUUCGUCGCCUGCGCACAGCGUUAGUUCAAGGCGACGAGAACCUCAACACUCUCCUCCCCGUGCGCCUUACAGCGCACGAGAAUAUCACCAUCGUCGCAACUUUUCAUCAUCACAGCAUUCAGCCUCGGCAAUACCUCCCAUCAACAGCGAGACUCGCGGUCGAUUGGGAUCAAGAGACACCCACGUUCCCGACACAAACUCUUCAAGAGACAACCUACGCAUCAAACCUCCCACACAGAUCUCUAUAUUAAUAUCCAAUCUACCAUCAAGUCUUGAGUUGAAGCCCUUCGAUGUAUAUCAACAUCUGACUGAUUCUCUCUACCGAGAACACACAGAUCCAUCCAUCCCCUAUGAGCUGACACUAUACAGAUUUGCAGGUACUUCCCGAAUAUGCGGUGAGCUCAGGUUCCAUCGUGAAGAAGACGCUCGCACCUUUGAGAAAAAAGCUAUUCGCCGUUGGAAAGAUGAAUGGGAUGAUGGUCAGAAAAGCUCAUCUGAACGAAGAGUGGAGUUUGUUGUGGUCGAUCGAGAUAGAGCUCCAUGGCCCGGGAAACAUUGCACAUACAAAUACAAACACAACGGCCUUGGUGAUGGGACGAUCACUACCGGAAGUGGAUCCACCUUUCAUCCAGCUCCGGAUGAAUCAUCCACCAUGACCAAUUCAGCCAACGCAUCCCUGAAAGACGAAGCGUCAUCUAAUACCAAGGAGGUCGGACCACCAACACCUACCAGUUUCAAAUCAAACCCCAUUUGCCCACCGUCACCCAAGAAUCGCUUACCACCUGAUGAGCAACGCACCGGUGUCCUGAUUAGUUCGUUGAGGCCAUCUACGAAUAUAUCUGUACUCCAUAGCUUGUUCAUCGUGCCUACUAGACCAAGAAACUUCAGAAUUUUUCAACCGUCUCAUAUAAGUUAUGGAACAAUUCUCCUUGACGAGCAUGAACGGAAAUUGGCUUGUUUACUCAAGUUCAAAGAUUCAGUCAUCGCUCAGAGUUUCUUCCGUGUCCUUCUCGAUAAUGCUCCUUUUCAGCCUAUGGAAGCUAGUUUGGUUCAGUUUGAGUCUGUUCAUUUUUCCAAUGCGAUCCCUAUAGGUGGCUCAUCAGACCCGCCACAAGAAGAAGAAGCAAGUCCGGAUCCCCCUCGCGGAACAAGGGAAGAAUUGACGAGCCCUCCGCUUGGAUCGAUCGCCCAACUACCAGCGAAACCAAGUGGUACACCACCCUCACCUAUCGGUCUCCAGAUCAACCGAAUCUUGGCCAUGGCUCGGCCUCCACUCUUUCAACCUAACGCUCAUCUCUCACCCGAUUUCAGUCAUCAUCAUUCUUCAACCGAUUUCAGCAACCACUUCAUCCCCUCUCCAUUCUAUAAUAAUUUUUCAACAGCAGAUCAUCAUCUUACAAGUUCCGGCUCAAUGCAGCCAUCGGUCCCGAUUCCGAUGCUCACACCUGAAGAACAUAGAGCGUAUGAGUUACGUCAAACUAUUUUGGCGAGACGUUCGAACCCGAACCCGAAUGCGACACACUCGAAUCCUGAUGUGUUAUAUGAUAACCUAAGGCUCAAUUCACCGCAUUUGAUGAAUUAUCCAUCACAAACUGACGUCUAUCAUGAAUAUGAACAAGAUUAUCUCGAGAACGGACAACAUCACUAG